AGGAAAAAUUGGAUUUAUUCGCGAACAAAUAUCUCGAACUAGUCAGAGACUACUCGUUUAGUCGAUUAGAUUAUCUAAAGGUCAUUCGCGGAAUGUAUACAUUUUUCUAACAUAGAUAAUGACAAUUUAAAAAUAAUGGAAGUCUAAUAGGAAGGUCUCGUGCAUUAGUUCGUGUUAGAAAUCGUAGAAUAUAAUGUUUCUUGAUGGUUUGAAAUAUUGAUGUCAUAUAAAGGACAAGGUCGAUAAAACGCUUUAUUCACGCGUCGUUCUACGAUCGAUUCUAUUGUUUGCAUUGCGUGUAUUUAUAUUAUUCGUCUUAAUUGAAAUUAUGUAUCCGAGAAUGAUUUAGCACGAUCGCAAUUCGAUGUUUAUAUAUCUUAUUCUACGUAAUGGUGCAAUUGAAAAUAUUAGAUCACCUCGUUCACGAUCCAUUCCGGUUUCUCGAAUCUUCCAAGUAUGUACGUAUACUUAGAGACAAACGUAUCUACGUCUUCGGUUCAGAGCAUUUUAUGCGCACGACCAACUAUGCAUGGGAUGAUGAUGCUCUUGGAGCCUUUUAAUAAUCGCAUACCAGACAGUGCAGUAAGGACGGCUUAUAGUGCUUCGUCGAACUUUUCAAAUGCUCAAAUGCUUCAUAUCGAAUAGCAUUGUGAUUGAUGAUGAUGAAUGUCGAUUAUAUAUAUAUAUAUAUUUUUCCCCUAUAAAAAAAAGCUAUUCGAUAAAUAGAAAAUAUAACUACGGUACUGUUAUAUGUAUAGAUCGAUAUGUUUUAAUAGAUUGUUUCUAAACAAUACCUAUUCAUUCAUUCAUUCAUUUGAAUUAACAAUGGAGUUGUGUACUUUAAAGAAGAAGAGAACAUUUUAUUUUAUAAUCGAGUCAUGCAACAAGUUCGACUUCGAUGAAAGUAAGGUCGAUUGUUGCCCGUACGUUCUAGAUAAAAGAAUGUAAACCAUGUUAAUAUGAGUUGCAAUUGUUAGAACCGUAAUAUUUAUCUAAAGUUAUUCCAAACGUUACUAUUAUCGAAAGUUAAUUAUUCUUUUAAAAAUAUGAAAAAAACAGUCAAAGAGAGAAGAGAGAAAAGAGUGAAAAGGAGAACAAAAGAUAAUGUUCGUCGAAUCUGACUAAGGUCUAACGAUAAAACGAGAUAUAAGACAUUUUAAAGUCGAAUUGCCAUUGGAUGAUUUUGGGUAUAUCUGGUAAUACUGGAUUGACCGGUUAUGUUAAAGUAACCACGCAUGACUAUCUUUCGCUCAUAUAAAAUGCUACUUCCAGUGGCAAUUUUUCACUUAUCGCCGAACAGUUUUCGUCGCGAUCUACAAGGUGUAAUUUAUCGAAGAAAAUAAAAUGCAAAUUAUUAGAAUUAUUAAUUAGGAUGAUAAUAAGGAAGUGAUUUAAGUGGUUUAACUUAAAGUGGUUACAUAUUAACAUGUGAAACAUUUGUUUCUCAAAAGAGAACGGAUAAGAAGAACGGAUAGAAAAUGAGUAGAUCGUUCGAAGGAAAAGAUAGAUUUCGAUUAAAAUAUUAUCGUCUACAGGAACGUUGCUAUUUUUAUUUUAGGAUCGUGAGGAACGAGGGUAUCCAGCAAUAGUCUUUACAUUCAACCGUGCAUCAUAAUAUCGCAGAGACACUUCAGAAGUCUCCGUUCUAUACGUUUAUUCGCUUCAUCGAUCUCCUCCUUUCUUGUCUCCUUCGUGUUCCUUCUUUUUAUCUAUGAAAAUUGGUCAGUUCGAACGUUACAUAAGAUUGCUUCAUAUUUCUUGGCACGUUGUUUAAGCGUGUUGAAUUUAAUAUUUAUUUAAGAUUAAUGAGUUUCCAUAUAAUCUUUUUAUUAAUUAACUUGCACGAGAGUCAAGAAAAUUAGAAACAAAUAUUUCUAUAUACAACGAGCAAUUGAUCAAAUAUUUAUUAAAAUAUGAAGAGAGACCAGACAUAAAUUCACGAUCGAAAGGUGUGACUUCGUCGAUGUUGAAAGGUCAAAUCGAUCAAUGUCGUCGUAAUCUCAUGCGAUCGAAUCGUAUUAGAAGCUUAGGAAAUAGAAUAAACCGAUUACGAUCUAAACCGCAGUACUGACAUUCAUUUUUUUACGGCCAUCCCAUUCGUUUCGAACGCCGAGAGAAAGAAUGCAAAAUAAUUGCGAUGACGAUGAUAACGACGUCGUCUACAAGGACAUAGUCAUCGUAGGAAAUGGACCAAGCGGUAUUUCUUUGUCGUACAUGCUCGCUGGUAAUUGGCCUUAUUAUACCGGCGAGCCUCAUCCAGUUGAUGAUAUGCUGACGGCGCGUCUCCAUUUUACAACGAAACCGUUUACCAACGAUGAAGAUGUUGAUGAGAGUGACGAGACGACGCGGAAUAAGUUAGAUGAAGAUACGUGCUCUCGACGGCAAUGUAACGUUGCUAACGACGGUUUAACACGAAGUAGAGACUUAGCUCACAGUUCACGAUGGAAAUUGGAAACGUUGUCGUCCGGUCUCGAGGGCAGGAGCGGUGGUCGACCUUUGUCUUUACUUAUGGACCAACUGCAGAAUCCAUGCGUCGAUGCCGGUCUCGAUGUGCCUUCGCUUUUGCAUUGGAAGUCUAAAGAUCAACUUUCGGAGCACAAGAUCAUCGAUCACGUAGUUCUUGGUAAAGGUCAGCCUGGUGGAGCUUGGCAGGUAUUUAAAAAUUCCAUGGAUCCGAACGUGUUAACGAUCAGCUUAAGUCGAUGGAUGUCGUUACCUGGAUUAGAUUUAAGGCAAUGGGAAAAAUUGGUAGAGACUGAACAAGUACAAAAAUCAACGUUGGCAAACGGUGAUCCGUGUUCUCACUCUCCAAGAGAGAAAAUAAGUGCAUGUAAACCUGCCAGCCGUGUACCAGUAGGUACCGUUGCUGCUUAUUACAGAGAUUACGUUAACGAACAAGGGUUAGACAAAUAUUUCCGAUGUGGGACCACUGUGACUUCGGUACGACCGAUCGAUAUUGGUGCCAACAAAGAUUUUGAAUGGAUCGUUGAAGGGUAUGAGAAUAAGACUGGUAAACGCUUUGAAUAUAGAUGUCGAAGGGUAGUUCUUGCCACUGGUACUACAGAUUUAUCCAAUCAUUUGGGAAUACCUGGAGAAAGAUCGCAAUCCUCCUGGGUGAUUCAUGAUCUUAAUGAUCUAGAAUCACGGCUAGAUCAAUUUCUAAGCGAAUACGGAGAGGUCGCAUUAGACGGAUUAUUGGAUCCUGUACUAGUGAUAGGUGCUGGAUUAAGUGCAGCCGAUGCUAUUAUGGCUGCACGAUUUCGAGGGAUUCCAGUGUUACAUGUAUUCCGUGAUGCAUCUAAUGAUUGGAACAAAGAAUCGAGCGAUAAAAUAAAAACAAAUACCUUCGAUAAAUUACAGUGGCUUCCAAGUUCUGUUUAUCCGGAAUAUCACAAAGUUUAUGAGAUGAUGGCAGAUGGCGGUACGAAUUAUCCUCUUUACAAAUCAUUGCCGGGAUAUACUCUCGUGGAUCUUAAUAUUAACAAUGAUGACCGUAAUAGCAAUCAACGUAAUAAGCAUACAGUUACUCUUUGUACCCCUAAUGGACAAUUGAAAAAAUUCCGAGUUUCCAUAGUAGCGAUACUCAUAGGGUACAAGCCAGAUUUAUCGUAUCUGCAAAACAACGGUAUAGGAUUUGGAAAAAUAUCGGAUAAAUCUAUCGACUGUAAAUCAAAUCCGAUCGAAGUCGACGAUAUUACGUAUGAAGUUUUGCAAGCACCUAAAAAGGGACUUUAUGCCUUGGGGCCUUUAGUGGGUGAUAAUUUUGUUCGUUUCAUUUUGGGCGGUGCAUUUGGUAUUCUUGCACAUAUUCUAAGUACUUCUAUGUGAGAUACAAGUCUAAUAUCUUUUUUUCUUAUCCAUCAUCAACUUAACGAAAUGUACUUAUUUAAUUUUUCGCUAGAAUUCUACCACUGUUUCUUUUAUCGAAUAACUGCAUUUACAUAAUACGAUUCUUCACGAAUUUGUAUAUAUUUAAAAAUUUAUUUUUAUAUUUAGACUAUGCAACACAUAUACGAGUUCUACGAACAUUUGCUAAUUUUAAGACACUUAUUGUCAUGAAAAUUAUUCAUGAUAAUAACAAAGAAAACAUAAAUGCGCUGCAAUACUAACAUUUUUGUACGAACUGAUGCAUGUAAUAUAUGCGUACGUAUUUUGCAAUUUAUAUGUGAACAAAAUAUAUGUAUAUAAAGGUUAAAAAAUAGAUCUCUACCAGCUUUGUUAAGGGGUUAUCAAUCAAAUGUAAAAUAUUACAAAUAUGGAGAGAUAAAAAUAUUAAUGAAAUUUUAGAUAUGGAGCAUAUAAAUAAUUUCUAUGUAUGAAAUGCACUUGAGAUAUACAUUUAAACACAUUCGCUGUAUAUAUUAAUGUAGUGUAUGUAUGUAUUAUAUGCACUGUGUGGUUGUGUACAUUGAUUUUGUAUAAUUGUAUACGUAGUGUUGUUGUAUAAAUGUAGAUAGCAUUCUACAAGUAAAUAACGUUUAAUGCCAAGAUAACUAUGCAAAUGUUCUUGCGGAUUUUGUACCAGUAGUUUACUUUUUUGGUCAGACAAUCUAUAUUCCCUUUUUGGGUAAACAUUUUUUCUCAAAUUAUCCUAUGCCAUUGUAACGAGACGUGUUAUAAAUAUAUUACGUGUAUGAGAGAAAUUAGCAAUAAAAUUUUUUAAUUUAGUUUUAUAUCAAGAAAGAAACCUAUUAUAUUUGGAUCAGUUUAUGAUUUGGAUCAUUGCGUUUGAUUUUUUUAACAAAUUGUAAUUAAAAGACAGGGCUGCAUGAAAUAGUCAAUUUAUUCAUACUUUAUGAUAAUAAACAAUUUAUACGAUAAUUUAACGAAAUAUUUUUCGUCAUAUAUUGUAAUAUCAACAUUUUUGUCUAUAAAUACAUACAAUAUAUACAUAUUCCGGCAUACAUUUAUAUGAGAAUAUUUAGAACUUCUUCGAGUGAACUUUGUGAAAUAUAUAACAGAAAUGUAUAUGAGUUUUUUCGUUAUUAAUAUUAGUAAAGUUCCUAUUAAGAAUAUACAAUAUAAAUACUUGCAAUCAAAUUUAUCGACAUAUUAAUUAAAAAUGCAUUUUAUAAUUAAAUAAUGGGCAAAUACAUGGUAAUAUUAUUUCUUUAAACAUCUUUGAUAAGAAUACUUGUACAACAUAUGUAAUGUACAUACAAUAUACAUACAAUAAAUAAAUAUUUAUUAUAUUUUUUAAUUGUAUACUUUAUGGAAUGACAGUAACAUAGUAAAAUUAUUUAAAUGUUCAAGAUAAAAAUAUAAUUAUAUAUAGGAUUGAAAUAGUAUAAUCCCAGAACAUUACUUCUAGUUUUGUUAUACAUAUAAAAUUUGUCAUUCUCAUACAUUUCUGACAUUAAUGUAUUGAAUUAAAAUAUAUAGAUGUAAUGUGAAAUACAUUAAUAUUCUUUUUAAAGGCCAUUGUAAGCAUUAUCAUCAAUAUUCACAGUUUGCAUUAUUUCUCAGUGAUUCAUUAUUUUUUAAUAACUGUUAUAUGUAGGUGUAUAUAUAUUGUGUUAAAAAAUAUUCUUUCAAUUCUAUGGAGGAUAUUUUUUUUUAUGAAUAUGUAUCGUUUUAACUAUUUUUACAUGUUUCUUACAUAUAAGCACUUAAAUUGGAAAACAUAUUAAUAAAUAACAAUGACUUAUUGAAGACUAAUGAUGAUCCAUAUGUAUGUGAACACUGUACUUUAUGUCUUUAAUAGGAGAAAUAAGAAACAAAGUAAAAUAAUAACAGCUGCUAAAACUACUAUGCAAUAAAGUUUUCUAUUAGCUCUUUGAUAGGAA